AUGAAGUUCCUCGGUGCCGCCGUCGCUGGCAUCGCCAGUCUGCUGUCUCUCCAAGCGGCCGCAAGCCCCGUCCCGACGCCCGUCGAGGCGCGCCAGGCCUCCGGGACCAUCUCGAACAAGGUCAUCUUCUCCCCGCCCUCGAACGCCGGCUGGGUCGACCCGCGCGUCCUCUACGCCCGGACUAUUCAAUUGAGCUCCGGCGACUUGAUCGCGACCUGGGAGAACUACUCCCCGGAGCCUCCCAUCGUCUACUUCCCCGUCUACCGCUCGUCCGACGGCGGCAACAACUGGUCUGAGAUCGGCCGCGUCCAGGACACCGUCAACGGCUGGGGCCUGCGCUACCAGCCGUUCCUCUACGAGCUCCCCUCUGCCUUUGGUGGUUACCCCGCCGGUACUAUCCUGCUGGCCGGUAACAGCAUCCCGACGGACCUCAGUCUCACCAAGAUCGAUGUCUACGCCAGUACCGAUGGUGGUGCUACCUGGGAGUUCCUGAGCAGCGUCGCCAGCGGUGGUGAGGCCCUUCCCAACAACGGCCUCACUCCCGUGUGGGAACCUCACUUCCUGCUCUACGAUGGCCAGCUCAUCAUCUACUACGCCGACCAGCGCGACCCCAAGUACGGCCAGAAGCUCACCCACCAGGUCACCACGGACCUCAAGUCCUGGAGCGACCCCGUCGACGACGUCAACGACCCCAACGCCUACGAGGCCCGCCCCGGCAUGCCCGUCAUCGCCAAGCUGCCCAACGACGACUACAUCUACGCCUACGAGGUCUGCGGCACCGACGGCUGCCGCGUGCACUACCGCCUGACCAAGGACCCCCUCAACAUCCUCGCCGCCGCGGGCGUCCCCCUGGUCUCCGACCGGGGGACCCGCCCCGUCAGCUCGCCCUACGUCGUCUGGACCCCGCUCGGCGGCGAGAACGGCACCAUCGUCCUCAGCGCCGGGAGCCAGUCCAACAUCUUCGUCAACCAGAAGCUCGGCGACGCCGGCGCCUGGGUCGAGUACGCCGUUCCCCAGCCCAACGCGUACUCUCGCGCCCUCGCGAUCCUCGGCGACGGGAGCGAGCUUGCCAUCAUCGGUGCUGGUAGAUUGCCCCCUAGCAGCACCAACCAGGUCAGCAUCAGCGUUGUCGACCUCAACGCCCUGCUUGGACUGUAA